GUGUCCCUGGUAACUUGGUGUUUGUCUGGGUCCCGCGUGGUGUCCGUGAGGCUUGCGGGGUCAUUCCACCCCGGAGCCCUGAAAGAGAACAGGCUGCGAACGCCUUAGAGAGACAUUUUUUUUUUUAAUUUCCCAGCGGGGGCUCCACACUGACGCCUCAAAGAGGAAACUCGGCCGCAGUCGUGCAAGCAGAAUGGCUGACUUGGUUUUCUGUGAACCAACAGAGCUCUACAACAUCCUGAAUCAGGCCUCAAAACUGUCCAGAUUAACUGAGCCCAACUACCUCUGCUUAUUGGAUGUUCGACCCAAACGAGAGUAUGACGAGGGCCACUUGAUCACAGCCCUUCGGGUGAAGAAGAAGAAAAAUCAGUACCUCAUCCCAGAGUCUGUGGAUCUGGAGUGUGUGAAGUACUGUGUGGUGUAUGACAGCAACACCAACAACUUGGACUUGCACAUGAGAGACAUCUGCCUGAAGGAGGAUGACGAGGAUGGUGACGCAGACGGUGAACACCAGAAAUGCAGUCAUAUCCAAGAAUUUUUGCCUGGACCUGCUGUGGAGUUUGGUCAGUUCCUGACUGACUUCACCCGCCAACCCGUCAAUGUUCUCAAAGGGGGCUACGAGUUCUUCUCAGGCAUGUACCACUUCCUCCGCACCCAGAAGAUCAUCUGGAUGCCCCAGGAACUGGAUGAGAUUCAGCCAUACCCAAUUGAGAUAAUUCCAGGUAGGGUCUUCCUGGGCGACUUCAGGCAAGCCAAUGACCCUAAGAUCCACAAGGACUUGAAAAUCAAAGCGCAUGUCAAUAUCUCUAUGGAGUCAACACCCUUCUUCGUGGACGACCCGGACAGGCUCCUGCACGUCCAGAUAGAAGACGUCCCGGAAGCCGCCCUCCUGCCCUAUUUCCGGCGCAUCUGUCACUUCAUGGAGAUUCACCUCUACCUUGGCUCUAUCAUUUUGGUCUUUUCUACUCGGGGCAUCAGUCGCAGCAGUGCAGCCCUGGUGGCCUUCCUGAUGCAUAACAAAGAGGCAACCUUGAAGAGGUCCUGGGCCCACGUCAAGAAAUGCAAAGCCAACAUGCGUCCGAAUCGGGGCUUGGUGACUCAGCUGUCAGAGUGGGAGAAAACCAUCCUGGGAGACUAUAUUACAGACAUCUCGGAGCCCAUCUACUGAUCGUCACUUGUGGUCUGGUGAUGGUGAAAAAGUUUGCUUGGGGCUUUCUGUGGUACUUGAGUUGUUCUGGAAGAAGCAGGCCUUUGCUGCCUGAGGACUAC